CAUCAACAGUACACUUCAACUCAAGGAGAAGGGAUCAACUUUACAGAUUUGUUUCUUUGAAUUUAUUAUUUCUGAACGUUUAUUAAAGAAGCAGACGGAGCUAUAUCCAUAUAAAAGAAUAAAUUUAUAGAAGGAUAUUAAAAUGAAACGUGCUAAAUCAUAGUUGUAGCGUUAGAAAAUGACGAAAGUGAGAUGGAAUUCGAACAUAAGGUCACUGGAUACAAUUUUAGAGUCACCCCCUGUUAGGGAUUAUGAUCCCCCACCGGCUGAUUAUGACGUGGUGCCGUCACCGAGACAAUUGUAUAACCAUUGGUACAAUGGGGUCCAGGUACAAAGAAAUGAUAAAGCGUUGAUUUUCGAACUAAAGCGAACGCUGAGCGACUGGAAAAUGGGGGUCGGUUCUGAUGUCGCAGAGACCGAGGGAUCGGACUCGCUUGUAGACUCAGGGGUGGAGUCAGGACAGAAUGACGACGAUCUCUCUAUGUUGACGUAUUUCGAUGAGUCAGUUCUACUGAAACACCUUAGUAGCAGAUAUCUAGAUGGAAAAAUAUAUACGUACAUUGGAGAUGUUCUUGUCGCGAUCAACCCCUUUGCAUUCUUGGACAUAUAUGAAGUUGAGCAACAAGAAUUAUACAGAGACGUUAAGGUUCGUCGUGAAAUAGAUCCGCAUGUAUUCUGGGUCGCGGACAACACCUUCCAGAACAUGCGCGAUACGGGCCAAGACCAAUGUCUUCUAAUCUCGGGCGAGUCAGGAGCCGGGAAGACCGAAACUGCCAAGUUUGUAGUGCAACAUAUCACCUACGUCUGCAACAUGGCGAGCAACGACAUGGAGAAUAAAAUAAACGAGCACACCCCUCCCAUAGAUUAUAUUACCGCAGAGAGCUACGUUGCAGCUAUGGAACGUAUGAUUAACAAAAUAAACCCACUUCUAGAAGCGUUUGGAAAUGCCCAGACUGCAAUGAACGAUAAUAGUAGUCGAUUUGGAAAGUACCUAGAGCUAAGUUUCACAAAAGAAGGCCAGUUAGAAGGAGCGAAUAUAAGACACUAUAUCUUGGAAAAGGCAAGAGUUAUUUACCCAGGACCGAGGAUGGAAGAGAGAAAUUUCCAUAUAUUCUAUUAUUUAUUUGCUGGCCUUGGGAAGGAUCAACUGAGGCGAUACUAUCUCGACUCUCCAGAAAAUCACAGAAUUAUGAAACUUCACGACCAACAGCCUGUGUUUAGAAAUGAGGAUGACAUAUACUUCCAUCGUGCAAUGUACGAGAAACAAGUGCAGAUAAUGGAAACGGUUGGAUUCACACAUUUGCAAAUCGACAAAGUUUCCAAGAUGUUGGCGGCCAUCUUGCACGUGACAAAUAUUCCAUUUGAUAUUGAUGACUACACUGAUGAAAUUCAUAUCAAUGAUAACUACUCAUUUAAUGCAGGUCAACGGUUUGUGAUCAGAAAGAGCUAUGACCAAGCUAGGGAUGGGAGAGAUGCGCUGGCAAAAUCCAUAUACCUGAGGGUAUUCAGUUGGGUUGUACAUGAAAUCAACAUUAGAUUACAGCCUGCAAAAUCCAAAAGGUCUAAAGGUCCAACGAUUGGAAUAUUCGACAUGGCAGGCUUUGAGAUAUUUGAGGAGAAUAGCUAUGAACAACUUUGUAUCAAUGUUGCCAAUGAACAAAUGCAAAACUUCUUCAAUGAACAUGUGUUCAUCAACGAGCAGAAUGAGUACAAACAGGAAAGAAUUGACUGGACACAUAUAGACUUUGAAAACAACAAGCCCCUCCUUGAUCUUUUUCUCGAGUAUCCUAUGGGCAUUUAUUACCUGCUGGAUGAAGAGUCGAAGUUUCCGGCUGCUACCGACGCUAGCUUUGUUGAGAAGAUCAUCGUGUCGCAACAACAGAGUAGACACCUCUCAAGGUCAUUCACCACCAUGUACACAUUCUCGAUCCUUCACUAUGCUGGCAGAGUGGAGUAUUCCUCAAGGGGCUUCUUAGAGAAAAAUAGAGACAAGGUCAGCUACUCUCUUGUUGAUUGUUUGGCCCUCAGUAAAGACGAUUUUGUGCAUCAUCUUUUCUCCGCACAACUAUCAAAAACCGGAGCAAUAUUCUGGCCGAGUAAGGAUGAAAAACAUAAAUAUCACAGAGAUGCGCGUGACCCAGGAGCUGAUAACGCAGUAGCCACAUUGUCAUCACAGUUCAGGAAUUCUAUGACUGAGCUGAUGAGGAAACUAAAACAUUCUACACCACAUUUCAUUAAGUGCAUCCGUCCAAACGAGGCAAGAUCAGCCGGGGUUUUCAGGGAAGAUUUGGUGAUGAAACAGAUGAAAUACUUUGGACUGGUUGAGAUCGCUAGAAUACGACAUGCGGGAUACCCGAUACGACUUACCUUCUCACAGUUCUUAGAGAAGUACAGAACAAUUUGUUUCGAUCAAUAUGCCCGAGUGGAAAAAAAUAAAAUUAAUUGUGAGAUGAUAUUGCAGAAAGUUGGAUUACAAGGAUACGAAGUAGGAAUAUCAAAAGUGUUCCUGAAAAGCUGGCAUGUGGAGAAAUUAGAUGUUGUCUUGGAUGAUAUUACUCGAGAAUUAUUUAGAGUCCAACUUGCAAAGAGAGCACAAAAGGCAAAUGAAAAACUGAAAUCGUCUGAACCAGUCUCUAAUCAUACAUCAGGGUCAACGAGCCCAAGGAAAUCGGAAAGGGGUGUCACCAUGGAUGUACCAAAACAACUUGUUUUAGAGUCUGACACAGGAUCGCAGAAGGUACUGACAUCAGGAAUGAAAAGGGGAUCAAUAUUUCAACACCCAUUCCUAACACCAGCCCCUAGUCCGAGAGGAACCCGACGCUCUAAACAAAGAAGAGCGGGAAUCGCAAGCACAGACGCAGACAGUGACUCAAAUGUUAUAGAGACACCAAGGCGCCCAGCAUCCGAUUCAUUUGCUUUGUCCCAAACAGAGAAAAUGAGAAAACCCAACGAUACUGGAAUGCAUAAUGUUAAAUCUGCCCCUGAUUUUCAAGACCCAGUAUAUGAAGAACUAGAUGAACACGCAUUUUCUGCAAAAACUGCAGCGCAUGUAUCAACUAAUCCAAAUGACUCUGGAAAUCAUUUAGUGAUACCUAGUAGGCAAACUUCCCAAUUAAAUGGAAGUAGGCCAGACUCUCAGAUGAGUACAGACUCAGUGUUUCUCCAAGAGAAAACGGUUGCAACCCCAGAUGUGAUACGGGAAGAACCCGGUGGAAUAGUAAUACCGCAUAAAAACGUUCAAAACUCCCCAAUAGAACCUCAAGUGCAAAUUAAAAACAAUCAAACUCUUGACGCUGCUCUAGCACAACAAUAUGCGGUUGUAAAUAAUGCUAUGGCAGCUGAACAGACAGCUGAUCAACAAAAUGAUGAUUCACAACUUCCGGAAUAUACUCCUCUCAAACGUGUUAAAUCGAAUCAAAAAAUAACAUCACCUGGAAAGAAUACCGAUGAUUUCAAAACUGCUAGAGACCAACGGAAAAGUGUGGUUGGGUUUUCAGGGCAAACUAAGGUGAUUCCUAUGGAAGAGAAAUCUACUGGGAAAACAGAGGAGGAACUGUAUGGGGAUAUAAACGACGAGGAAGAAUUGGAUGACGCAUACAUGGCAUGGGAUGUAUUCAGAAUGCAAAGCAGAGACAAUGAGCAUGCAUCAGCAAAUAAAUGUAUAAGAACACUAACAUACAUCGCCAAGUUUUUCUCGUAUGUCCUAGUUUCUUUAUUAGUCCUCGCAACGGCAAUUGCAAGCAAAGGAUCGUUUCUACUUAUACUGAAUUCCAUCGUGCAUGAGCAGAAGAAACUAGAAACAGCCGAAGGGUGUGUAUUUAUGGAGACUGUCUAUUGCAUUGGAAUAGCCCUCUUCACCCUUAGAGUCCUCCCGUGUCUUGAUAUAAUACGAGCCUUGCUUGUAAUGACUACAGUAUUCUCAAUACCUUCUUUCAUAACUAUCAUAUUCGCUGAACGUGACGAGAACCCCAAGAAAAGGAUAAUAUCAUACACAUUGGAUAUACUCGCCUUUGUGAUGCAAUUAACAAUAUUUGGAGUUAUGAUGACAUUUUACAAAUCAUGCGACAAAGACCCUUCUCAGGAUGAUGAGAUAACUAAAGGUUGGAUUCGCACAAUGGAAGGCGAUGGCAUCAUGUGGGAACUUCCAGUGUCCGUUUUCAUGAUCUCCAUAGGAUGGUGGGAAAAUUUUGCUGACAGGGACAUCUUCAUAGGAAGUUUUGAACUACCUCUUAGAUACUACAGAGAAAUCUUACAAUACACCCGCUUGAAGACAUAUAUGUUUGUUGCCCUAUGGAAAUGUGUGGUUGUGUUUGGGAUGGCAUUUUUACUCUACCCUGAUCUUCAACAGAGUGUUACAGAUAGAUUAACACCUACAAAUCCUCCAAAACUCAAUACAACAAUAUCACCUGUUAACUUCACUGACUUUACAACGCCAGGUUAUAAUUUGACAACAUAUGGCCACAAUGUCACAAAUGUCAUGUUAAUGAUCGAAGAUGAUACAGUUACACCUACCGAAAAUGGAACAAUGGAUAAUGUGACAACUAUGUUGCCAACUACUUCUACCAUUAGACUACCCACUCCUCCACCUUUACCCUGCAACCACGAUGGAGAUUACUUCAAUUGUAUGUGGGCCUUUAUUCCCAUGGUCAUCCAAGCAACGACAUCUUUUGGCUGUUUCUUCUUUAGCAAAAUAGCAGUUAAGCUUUUGCAACAGAGAAUAUGUUUCUCGAUUCCAUUAACUAUUUGUACACCAGUCAUGAUCCUCAUAACUUUGAUCCUGAAAGGCAUUAACGAGGACCUCUUCAAAAUAAAUGAAUUUACAUACUGGGCCUUGCCAUCUGAUACCUGGACCCCAAUGUUCAUUUUUCACCUGGCAUUUGGAUUGACCGUUUGGUGGACGUCACAGAUGUGGCUGGCUAGGCACAUAUGGUACCCAAACAACGAUAGGCUUGCAACAGCAGACAGAAUAUUUGUGAUGCCGAAUUAUGAUGCGGCCAUUAUCGAGCAAUCGAUGCUGUUCAAUCGGAGAAGAAAUGAUAAAGACUUAUAUGAGGAUGCGGAGGACGAAGAAGGCGAAGGAGAAAGUUCUAGUGGCGACACUUCACAGCGUAAGAAGGCAGACCUAGAGGACGUCACCACAAUGAUCUAUUGCUGUGCAACCAUGUGGCAUGAAAACGAGAAUGAGAUGGUGCAGAUGUUGAAGUCUGUCAUGAGAAUGGACACGGACCAGAGUGCAAGGAGACUAGCGCAGGAUGCUUUUGGGAUCAAAGAUCCAGAUUACUAUGAAUUCGAAACUCAUAUAUUCUUUGACGACUGCAUGGAACAAACUGAAGAUGAUAAGUUUAUUCCAAACCAAUUUGUGAAGCAACUGUGUGAACUCAUAGUAAGAGCAGCCUGCUCUGUUCACGAAAUGUCAGUAAGAAUAGCUGACCCCACCAAAGUUCCAACUCCUUAUGGUGGAAAACUCAUUUGGACAUUACCGGGUGGGAAUGUGGUCGUUGCACAUCUAAAGGACAAAAAUAGGAUCCGACACAGAAAGAGAUGGUCACAGUGCAUGUAUAUGUACUACCUUUUGGGCUAUAAACUUAUGGGCAUGAAAGAAGAUGGCGCCUCUGACAGCUCAAGUAUUGCAACUUCGAAAUGGAACAAGAAGUUUAACAAAUACACUCAUCACGUCAAGAGUGACAUCUUCAAGAAUGUCAAUGAAAGAGUGGUGCUUGAGGCUGAGAACACAUAUCUCCUUGCCCUUGAUGGUGACGUUGACUUCAAACCAGAAGCCGUGCAAUUACUGAUUGAUAGAAUGAAAAAGAAUCCAAAGGUUGGAGCUGCAUGUGGAAGGAUUCAUCCAAUCGGGGGAGGACCAAUGGUGUGGUACCAGACAUUUGAGUAUGCCAUUGGUCAUUGGCUGCAGAAGGCGGCUGAACAUGUGUUUGGUUGUGUCCUGUGUAGUCCCGGUUGCUUUAGUAUGUUCAGGGGCUCCGCUCUUAUGGAUGACAAUGUUAUGCGAACAUAUACCACCAAACCGACAGAAGCAAGACACUAUGUCCAGUAUGAUCAAGGUGAGGACCGAUGGUUGUGUACAUUGAUUUUACAACAAGGCUGGAGAGUGGAGUACUGCGCUGCAUCAGAUGCGUUGACAUAUGCUCCCGAGGAUUUCAAAGAAUUCUUCAACCAGAGGAGGCGUUGGAUGCCCUCCACCAUGGCCAAUAUUAUGGACUUGCUUCAGAGCUGGGGCCACAGUGUAUCACAUAACGACAACCUUUCCCACCCGUAUAUGGUCUACCAGCUUCUAUUGAUGAUCUCUACGAUUCUCGGCCCUGCCACUAUCAUUCUGAUGAUCGCUGGUUCUAUCAAUGCAGUCUUCAAAGCAAGUCUUGUGAUUGCAUAUUGUGCUGCAGUGAUUCCAGUUGCCAUAUUUGUGAUAACCUGUUAUGUAGCUAAACCAAACAGACAACUGGACUUGGCCUCGUUGAUGUCAGCUAUGUACGCUGUAGUUAUGAUGGCUGUUUUUGUUGGAAUACUCAUCCAAAUCACACAAGAUUCAAUAUUCAGUCCAAAUGCCAUUUUCCUAGUAAUGAUGGCAUUUAUAUUCAUAACAGCUGGUAUACUACACCCCCAGGAAAUAUUAUGCCUGCCUCCGGGGCUACUAUUCUUUAUAACAAUUCCAUCUGGGUAUUUGCUGCUGGUAAUCUACUCCUUUUGUAAUCUGAACAUAGUGUCCUGGGGAACUAGAGAAGUGGCUAAAAAGAAAAGCGAAAAGGAACGUGAGGUAAUGCAAAAACAACAGGAAAAGAUAGAACAAGCGAAAAAAGUUGGCUUAGUUGGUGGAAUGAUGGGAAUGAUAGCACUCCCGACUGAUGAUAGUGCGUGCUGUGGGAUAAGACAAUGCUGUAAAUGCUGUGAUGACUCAUCAAAAGUCAACCAACAGCACCUUAUGACACAGAUCCUGGUAACACUGGAACGGAUUGACGCUAGUAAGUCGACGAAUCCUGCAACCCAAGCCCCUUCUACACCCAUAAGCCCAAUAGUGUCAACUCCAACGCCAGUUCAGGCUCAACCUCAAGCUAUUGCAGCAGCGCCGGAGGUCCAGCCACCAAAACCUGCCCAAGAAGUUGAGGACAUAGCCCUCGUUGAAAACCCUCUUGACCCUCACUGGAUUAAAGACCCCGAGAUCGGAAAUGGACCAAUUGAGUAUCUUGACAAAAAGGAGUGGGUAUUCUGGAUCAAAAUGGUAAAUAAAUACCUGAAACCACUGAUAGAAGACCGGGAUCAAAAGGCAAAGAUUUCUGAUGAUCUGAAGUCAUUGAGGAACGCUGUGACAUUCGGCUUCUUCAUGUGCAACAUAUUGUGGAUGGUUGUGAUGUUUAUGGUUCAAACAGUGGCUGGUGAACUUAAAGACUCGAUAUUUAUUCCAAUCCCAAGACCACCUCCGCUUACCCCACUGAAAUUGGAGCCACUUGGAUUCGUUUUCCUGGCAUUUUUUGCUACAUUAUUGGUCCUACAGUUCAUUGCAAUGUUGGUACAUAGAUAUGGGACAGUACUCCAUAUUUUAGCAUCUGUUGACCUUGAUAUGUGCAAACGUCGACCUCUAUCACAGAAUGAAGAAGGCCAGGAUGAGGCUGUAAGUCCUGAAAGGGUGGUCAACUUUGUAAAAACAUUACAAAGGUUACGUAUUGAUGAUGUGGAAGGAGAACGAUUUAAUGAAGGAGGGAGUGUAAAAAGCUUGUCAGAAGUUAUAUCAGGGAGACCUAGGCCAAUUGGUGAAUCAUCUGAAACUGAAAAUGAUGGCAAUGGAGUUGAACAUGAAACGAGGGCCAGGGCUCCCAUCGACAGACGAAAAUCUCGCAUCGAAGGCUCCCAUUUACACCAGCAAUUUGUCCAACGAUUUGGGACAUAUCGACGCAAGUUACAUCAAGAAGGUGGAAACAUGAAUAUGAAUCAAUUCAUAAGUACAACUUUACGACGAGCAGCAGAACCUCCAAGAUCACAGCCUCGAUUCCGGAAGCAUUCAAGAGCUGUUUUCGGAACUAAUGCUAGGAUGCAUACGAGUAACAGAUUGCGAGAAGCAGGAACUCGAGGAUCAAUCAGGCGCUAUGAUGAAGUUUCAAACCCUAGCAUCGGUCGCUAUUCCUCGGCUAAUGGAAAUGUUCCCAAUCAUGGAAACAACUUUGGCUACAGUAAUAGCGAUGAUGAUUAUAGAAGAGAUAGUAACCAAGGAAAUGACUACCAGCGAAAUUAUUACAAACGAGAUGACUACAGACGGGAUGACUACAGAGGUAGAGCUAACUCCCGUGAACAGAAUUACCGACCAAGGAACAAUGGAUACAAUGACAGUUACUCAAGUCCCAAUCAUUAUCCAGUAUGA